CCCACCGCAUCCUCCCCAUCCCCCGGCACCCCGGGGGUGCUGGGGGGGUUUUGGGGGUGCAGGACUUACUUUCCAUGCCCACUUAGUUUCAACUAGGGAAUCAACAGAAGCAAAAGCAAUUUUUUCCCUUUUUGACACCCGCCUCCCCAUUGGCUCCCCCCGGGUCAGCUGACUUUGUCAUUUUGUCUGUCCUGGAGCAGAGCCUUCCCUAUAACAAUCUAGUUCAGACUACAAACUGGAGACAGAAAUAAAUAUUAAAGAAAUCACACAGCCAGGUAUAGAGGACGAUAUGAAUUCCUAUUUUACAAACCCAUCUUUAUCCUGCCAUCUAACCAGUGGCCAAGAGGUGCUUCCCAACGUAGCCCUCAAUUCAACUGCCUAUGACCCUGUCAGGCAUUUUUCUACUUAUGGAGCAGCCGUUGCUCAAAACCGGAUUUAUUCUUCUCCUUUUUAUUCACCGCAAGAUAAUGUUGUGUUUAGCUCCAGCCGAGGACCUUAUGACUAUGGAUCUAAUGCUUUUUACCAAGAAAAAGACAUGCUUUCUAGCUGCAGGCAAAAUUCUAUGGGACAUAAUACACAGACAUCAAUCGCACAGGAUUUUACCAGUGACCAAAACAGGAACACUUCGCAAGAACAAAAAACUAGCAUUCAAAUAUACCCAUGGAUGCAGCGUAUGAACUCCCACAGUGGAGUGGGCUACGGGGCCGACCGCCGGCGGGGCCGCCAGAUUUAUUCCCGUUAUCAAACCUUGGAGCUGGAGAAGGAAUUUCACUUCAACCGGUACCUGACCCGGCGGAGGCGGAUCGAGAUCGCCAACGCUCUCUGCCUGACGGAACGACAGAUUAAAAUCUGGUUCCAAAACCGGAGGAUGAAAUGGAAAAAAGAAAGUAAUUUGAGUUCAACCCUCUCCGGGGCGGGGGGGGGGGGCCGCCGCGCCGCCGCCGACAGCUUGGCCAAGGAGGAGAAGCGAGAAGAGACAGAGGAGGAGAAGCAGAAGGAGUGA